CCCUCCCCCGUCCGCUGUCCCUAGGCUUGCUGUCCAGCGCCGCCUGGGCUCCGGAGCGCUGGCUCCGCUAGGCGCCGGGAAAUGGACCAAUUUUGACAAAAUGUAGUGCUGCAGUGUGCCUCAUGGGAUAUGUUCAGUCAUGGCAUCCGAACUUUGUAAGACGAUCUCUGUGGCAAGGCUGGAAAAGCACAAGAAUUUGUUUUUAAAUUAUAGGAAUCUGCAUCAUUUCCCACUGGAGUUACUAAAAGACGAGGGACUGCAGUACUUGGAAAGACUCUAUAUGAAAAGGAACUCGCUUACAACCUUGCCAGAAAACCUUGCUCAGAAGCUUCCAAACCUUGUGGAACUGUACCUUCACUCAAAUAACAUCGUUGUGGUUCCAGAAGCCAUUGGGUCCCUUGUAAAACUCCAGUGUUUGGAUCUUAGUGACAAUGCCUUAGAAAUUGUUUGCCCAGAAAUUGGUCGUCUGAGAGCUUUACGUCAUCUUCGAUUAGCUAAUAACCAACUGCAAUUCCUACCUCCAGAGGUUGGCGAUUUGAAGGAGCUGCAGACACUAGACAUUUCUACCAAUCGUUUGCUAACUUUACCCGAGAGGCUUCACCUGUGCCUUUCUCUGCAGUACCUCACUGUGGACCGAAAUCGUCUGUGGCAUGUGCCACGCCACCUCUGCCAGCUGCCUAGCCUCAAUGAGCUCUCCAUGGCUGGAAACCGCCUUGCAUUUUUACCACUUGAUUUAGGGCGAUCUCGAGAACUCCAAUAUGUGUAUGUGGAUAACAACAUUCACCUGAAAGGCUUGCCAUCUUACCUGUACAAUAAAGUCAUCGGGUGCAGUGGCUGUGGUGCUCCUAUUCAAGUUUCCGAGGUAAAGCUGCUUUCCUUUUCAUCAGGGCAGCUAACUGUUUUCCUCCCAGCCGAGGUGAAGGCCAUAGGGACAGAGAAUGAUCACGUCUUGCCCCUGCAAGAACUGGCCAUGAGAAGUCUGUAUCACACCUACCACAGUUUUCUGAAAGAUUUGAACUUUCUGUCUCCAAUCUCACUACCCAGAAGUCUCCUGGAGCUGCUGCACUGCCCCCUGGGGCACUGCCACCGAUGUAGUGAGCCCAUGUUUACGAUUGUCUACCCCAAGCUCUUUCCCUUGAGAGAGACGCCAAUGGCAGGGCUGCACCAAGGGAGGACAGCUAUUAGUUUUGUGGCUUACUGCUGCUCCACCCAGUGUCUGCAGACUUUUGACCUGCUGAGUUGAUAAACACUCAAGAGCCCCAGGAGAGCUGCCAGCUUGACACUGCAGCUGCCUGUGUGUCACGUGCUGUGUGCGGCAGGGGCAAGAGAGUCCAGCCAAGCCAGGCCAGGCCCGAACAGGCCCUUCCAUCCUGUCCUGUCGUAUGUGGGGGCACUGUAGAACUCUGUGGAAAUGUCAUGAUUGAGCUCCAGAGCUAAAAUGCCUUCACCCUUCCCCCAAGUUGGAAUACAUACUACCGCAAAUUAAGGACACUUUGUCUUCUGUGUUUCUUCUUUUUACGUGAGUGUGUCUCAUAAUCAAACUGUUUAGUUUGAUCAGCCUCCCCAAAUAUAAUUCAACUCAAAUUUCAGUUCUCUGAAGAACUCUGAUAAUACAGCCAAAUUAACUUUUGAACAUGCAUAAUACCUUCAGCAAUACUACUUCUCUCUCUUUCUUUCCCCAUAGAGUUAUUGCCCUGAUAGGUUAUUCUCCAUGGUUUCUCCAAUGGAAACUUGUCAGUUUUUAAAGCAUUUCAGCAAACCCCACGGCCUCUCUGGUCUUGGAUAGCAGGGUGGGGUGCCUGAGUUGGUGCCAAAGUUAGACUCCUGUGGAGGCUCAGCAGGGAUCCCAGAGCACACACCCUCUGGAAAGUUACAACCUUAUUUAUAAGUUUUGCAAUGUAUUAAGAAACUUUUAUGAGGGACUUUGAAAACAAAAAUGUAGAUCAUAAUGAAAUAUACCUUAUUUCAAAAGACUAUUUACAGAAAAAUAAUUUUGGAAAUUUUUGAAUUUCCCGAUAAGAUUUUUUUAAUAUGAGAAGAGUUUAAGGAAUAUUUGAAGCUUUAAAAGAUCUGAUCCUUUUAUUUCUAGAUGUAAACAUAAUGAAAAAGGGGGAGAAAACACACAUCAAAAUAAGACCUCCAGUGUUCCUGUUUAUGAUUACAUUUAUACUGACUUUGAAAUAUUUUUGUUACAUGUGAAAAACAGUCUUCAUCUACUACUAGUUUUUAGCAGGGGGAUUCUAACCACAGUCUGCGCACAUUUACUUACGUCCCUGGUGCAUGAGAAAAUCAUUUUGACCCUAGAUUUCUCAUAGAUUUAACAUACUCUUGUCCAUAUACCACUGAGAAAAUACAGGAAAAGCAGGUCCAAAUUGAGCCUUGGAACUUUUGCAAAAAAAAAAAAAAGUCCAUAAAAGGAAAGUCUGUGAGCCUACACCCUGCCAAAAAGAAAUGCUCCUAAUGGAGGAGGCACGUAUUUGCUCUUCCUUUGAAAGGAUGGCAUUUUAAUGUUACUUUGCUGCCAGAUGUUCAUCUGGUUGCUGUGAAGUGAUUCUUUUAAAAAAAGGUAUUUUUAUUUUAAUGAUGCAGAGUUUUCCACAAGGCAAGACUGAAAGAACCAAGAAAGUUUGCUUGUUUGAAAAAUCAUUUUCUAAAAAUUUCAGACUUGUCAAAACUUUGCUUGAUGGAAUUUUAUUUGCUGCCCUAUCUCUGUAAUGCUAGGCUCUAGCAGUGCCAAAAAUCCUACAUAGUUACUGACAAAUGUGUGAUCUUUUUACAGCCACACCACCUGCUGCCCGGAAAGCAGCCUGUCCACGUAGAAUGGUGAAGGCAGAAAGCUACCAUGUGUUCCAUCUGUAUUCGCACUGUUCUUACUUCCUCUUGUCCCUUCAAAACUUGGUUUCUUCAGCCUUAACAUUUCAAAGGCUUACAGUAUAAUAGGAACUGAAGAUCUAGAUCAAAAUGUAAUAUUUCUUUCAUACUUGGAAUAAUUGAAGUUUUAGCAUAACUUCUACAUGUAUUUAAGUUGCCAGGUGAAAAAUGUAACAUGAAACUUCACAAAUGAGCUUCAUGUCUAAGUCACUGUUAGCUAUCAUUUCAGUGACAGUAAAUAUAUUGCUACAUGUUUCUAUUUUACCCUCCACAAUCAUGUGUCUUUAAAUGGAGCUAUGAAAUGUGCUAACCUGAUAUUCAGGAUUCUUAUUGAGAAUAGGUAUGUAAUACUUUUGUUUUAACUUGUUUGAACUUUUACAAAGUUGCUUACAAUCCAAGCUUCCUCUUUCUACCUGUUGUAAACUACAGUGUGUUAAACACCAGUGGUGGGCUGGGCAGACAGCUAUAAAGGUAGUCUCGACCUUUAUCAGGUGCAACACCUGAGCCUAACUGAUGAGAAAUGGAACUUAUAAUGUAGUUUCCCUGGUGCUGUUCAUUAUGGAAAUGUUGUGCUGGAUUCACUGAUGUCAUUCUUAUGCUUUUGAUAUUAUAAAGGAGGGUUGUCAACUGGA